AGGUGACGUUAAGUUUUAAAUUGUGUGUUGCGUUUGUUAUGCUUUUGUACUUCCAACAAAUAGAAUAUAAUUUUCGUAUUUGUUUCUAAUACAUAUUUGUUUACAAUUUUCUCUGUGGACUAAAAUGGGUGAACAGGUAGAAGAUCAAGUGAAUGAACCUACUAUGAAUAAUUCAGAAGUUACGUUUGAUAACUUCACAAUUCUUAAGGAAUUCAGUAAUAUAUCGAACUUGGUGAAGGACGAAGACUUUCUCCAAACAGUGCCAAAAGCAAAACUGAAACGAGUAAAAUGGGUACCAAUGUUUAACUAUUUAAAACAAGGAAUAUUUGAUGAAAUGAUCCAAGAGUUGAGUACCAUGUGGCAGUUUGAGAAUAUGACAAAGAAAUUACAAAUUUUAGAGCUACAAAAGGAAAAGUUUGCUAUAUUAAAUCCAGAUAAAGAAGCAUGGAGACCAAAAAGUAAUAACAUUGUCAAUCAGUUAAAGGCUGCAGAGAUGGUUAACUUGAAACAACAAAAAACAUGGCUCGAGUCUUUAGCUAAGGAAUAUGAGGCAAGAAUACACAGGUUAAAAAGAGUGAUUACAGCCAAAAGAGGGUAUUUAAGAGCCAUGGAAAUGGACAUUAGCAAAUAUCAAAAUAAAAAUGAUGAGCUUGUUGACAAAUGCAGGGAAAAAGUUGAAAACCACAAGAAUCUUGUAAAUUUAAUAGUUCCUGUAAGAAGUAAUGUGGAUGACGGCAGUUGGUCUACAGAAGAAUUUAUGAAGGAUCUAUAAAUAAAUGACAUCAACAAAUA